AUGGCCUCCUGGGCAGCUGCGCAGCUCGACUACAAUUCUGCGCCUCCCAACUUGUCAACGCUCACUGAUACCUCACUGUUCUCGACCUGGAGGCCGAAAGCCCACGUGCUACCGCCCUUCGGCCAGAUCGGCGAUCCAUGCAUGCACUACACAGAUCCGUCGACGGGCCUCUUCCAUGUUGGCUAUCUUUUCAACGGCGGAUCCGGAGCUACUACAGACGAUCUUGUCACCUAUACGGAUCUCAAUGCAGACGGCAACCCGUUCAUCGUGGCUGGCGGCAUCAAUGACCCCUUAGCCGUGUUCGAUGGGUCGGUCAUCCCGAGUGGCAUCAAUGGCCUGCCAACCUUGCUGUACACCUCCGUCUCGUAUCUGCCAAUUCAGUGGACGAUCGCCUACACGCGCGGAAGCGAGACUCAGAGCCUGGCAGUGUCGAGCGAUGGAGGCAAAAACUUCACGAAGUUGGAGCAGGGACCUGUCAUCCCUUCCCCUCCAUUUGCGGUGAACGUGACCGGAUUCCGCGACCCUUACGUGUUCCAAAGUGCACAGCUAGAUACCCUCCUCAACAGCACGGAGGGAUCAUGGUACGUUGUCAUCUCGGGAGGUGUUCACGGCGACGGCCCAAGCCAGUUCUUGUAUCGCCAACACGAUCUUGAUUUCCAGUACUGGGAAGAAAUGGGCCAGUGGUGGCACGAGACUGCCAACUCGACGUGGGGCAAUGGCGACUUUGCAGGCCGGUGGGGGUUCAACUUUGAAACCGGUAAUGUAUUCACUCUUGACGAGGAGGGAUACAACGAGGACGGCCAAUCUUUCGUCACUCUCGGUGCCGAGUGGUCUCUCGAGCCAAUUGUGCCCCAGGUCUCUGAUUACAGAGAAAUGCUCUGGGCAGCUGGCAACCUGUCCCUGUCUGAUACCAGCGAGGCCAAGUUCACUCCAACUAUGGCAGGAAAGCUUGACUGGGGUCAUUCAGCUUAUGCCGCAGCUGGCAAAGUCCUGCCCGCCUCCUCGGUGGCAUCCACGAAGAGUGGUGCGCCUGACCGAUUUAUAUCGUACGUCUGGCUCACGGGCAACUUCUACGGAACCCAAAGCUUUCCAGCUGCACAAACCUGGACGGGAGCUUUACUAUUACCUCGCGAGCUCAGUCUCGGUACUAUCAGCAACGUCGUCGACAACGAUCUUUCAAGAGAGACUGGUUCCUGGAGUGUUUCUGCCAACGAUACGUCAAGCGGUCUCUUACAACUGAGGACACUGCAGCAGAACAUCGCGCGAGAACCCUUGGCUGCGUUGCUCGCUGGCAACACCUCGUUCACUGAGCCAGGCCAGACGAUCAGCAGCCCUGGCUCGACAGCAUUUGCCCAAUCGCCAGACACAAAGUUCUUCGUCGUGAUGGCAAACUUGAGCUUCCCGCAGUCUGCAAGAGAGAGCGAUCUUAAAGCCGGAUUUAAGAUCCUCUCAUCAGAAUACGAGUCGACCACGAUCUACUACCAAUUCUCCAACGAGUCGAUAAUUGUGGAUAGGAGCAACUCUAGUGCCGCUGCGGAGUCAUCUGCCGGUAUCGAUGUUAGGAACGAGGCAGGAAAGUUGCGACUCUUUGAUGUCGUGGAAGGCGGGGACGAAAAGAUAGAAACUCUAGAGUUGAUGAUUGUGGUCGACAACUCCAUUGUCGAGAUACACGCCAAUGGGAGGUUUGCUCUUGGCACCUGGAUAAGAUCGUGGUAUGAGACCUCCAAAGACAUAAGCUUCUUCCACGAUGGAACUGGCGACGUGAGCUUUAGCGAUGUAACGGUCACUGAGGGUCUGUACAAUGCCUGGCCUGACAGAAGCACAUAA